UAGACAAUGACUUGUACACGCCUAGUAAACGUUAGUCUGUUUAGGUCAUAAGAAUGUUUAGAGGACGCAGACAAAGGGGACGGGGACGAGGACGAAGACCGCCCCUGGAGCGGAAAUAUGGAUUCUUCAGUUGUCCAUCAUGUAAAGGACAUUGGGAGAGCGCCCAGGUAUACUGUAUCGAAGGGACAGAGAAGGUAUACUUCAAACAAGAAUGCAAGCGAUGCAAUAUAGCAUGCAACCCCUACAGAGUAGAAGACAUAGCAUGUCCCAGGUGUGGAUUACCUGUAGCAGACUGCAAAGAAAACGGUGGUUGUUACGAUGACGACGACGACGACGACGACGACGACAACGACUACGACGACGACGACGACAACGAACGACACGUAGAUGCGAAGAAGCCACACCGAGAAGACCUGUGUCUAAAGUGUCGUUCUGGCUGGAAGUGUACCUGAGAAGGACAUACCGUAGUUGAAUCCCGUGUCGUUUCCCGAGUAUAGCCAUGUAUUAUCUUAAAGUUCUCGGAUCCUGCGCCAACUUUCAUUUUGGUUUUAAUUAGUUAAUUUUAUAUAUUUAUAGUCAAUGAAGCAAACUAUACAUCAAACAC